CCAGCCCGGCUUGGCUCGGCCCGGCCCUGCCCGGCCCGGCUCCGCACGGCUCAGCUCGGCCCCGCUCAGCGCGGCCCGGCCCGGCCGGCACCAUGCUGGCACUCUUCAACAAGCUGCUGGACUGGUUCCGGGCGCUGUUCUGGAAGGAGGAGAUGGAACUGACCCUGGUGGGGCUGCAGUACUCGGGCAAGACCACCUUCGUCAACGUUAUCGCGUCAGGACAGUUCAACGAAGACAUGAUCCCGACAGUGGGCUUCAACAUGAGGAAGAUCACCAAAGGGAAUGUUACCAUAAAGCUCUGGGACAUCGGGGGGCAGCCACGGUUCCGCAGCAUGUGGGAGCGAUACUGCCGUGGAGUGAGUGCCAUCGUGUACAUGGUGGAUGCUGCUGACCAGGAGAAGAUAGAGGCCUCCAAGAACGAACUGCACAACCUGCUUGACAAGCCACAGCUCCAGGGCAUCCCGGUCCUCGUCCUGGGCAACAAGCGGGACCUGCCCGGUGCCUUGGAUGAGAAGGAGCUCAUUGAGAAGAUGAACCUCUCCGCCAUCCAGGACCGAGAGAUCUGUUGCUAUUCCAUCUCCUGCAAAGAAAAGGACAACAUCGACAUCACCCUACAGUGGCUUAUCCAGCACUCGAAGUCCAGGCGAAGCUGAGGUCCCGCAGGCCUGGCUCGGAUUGGGAAGAUGCCAUUGUACAAGCCCACGCCCCUCUCUCCUGCUCUGUCCCUCCAGCUCUCUCUCUAGAUGGGUAUUUUUAGGGGACCCCAGACUCUGCUCACAUUGGGGCAGAAUCCUUGUUUUUAUUGUAAAGAAGAUGUCCGACUGCCCUCCUCUCCCCCUGUCCUCUCCUCCCCUCUCUCUCUCCCUCCAUUUUGGCACUGUUCUGUUGUUGUCUGUGUAUACAGUAUAUAUAUAUAUGUAUAUAUAUUUUAAUUUUUUAAUUUAAGGGAUAGUGCUGUUACUGAACUGGGCCCUGUGAGCAGUAGGAAAGCUGGGGCUCCCCAAGGCCAGCCAUGGGUCAGCGCUGGGAGGAGGAGGAGGGUGGUAGCAGAAGGCAGCCCUUGGGAAUGGGGCUGUGCCAGCUGCAGGCGAGUCCCCUGGGGCUCCCUCUCCCCUUCUCUGGGUGUCCUGCUGCUGCCUCCAGGCAGAGACCACCCUGGGGGUGUUGGAGGUGCCCACCUUGCCCUGCCUGCCUCGGGCUUCAGUGGGGGGGGAAGGGUGUGUCAUUGCCACCCGCAGGCUCCUCACCCCUCCAGGGGACAGGGAUUGGUCACAAGCCACUGUCAUCAGCCUCCCCCUAUUGCCUCCACUUCCCCAACCCCCCCUUGGGGGCCCAGGGCCACUUGUCCCCCUGCCCCACAUGGCCCCUGCUCUCCUGCCCUCUGCCCAGCCUGGCUGCUCAGGGGGGAGGAUCUGGGGCACUGGUACCAGUGCUGGGGGCCCAGCAAUGCCAGCAGCCCCUGGGGGAGCAGGGGGCUGGCACCUGCCUCCCACCCGUCCUGGGGCUGGCUCAACCCCGUGCAGCCUCUCAGGACAGCUGUGCUGGCUCCCCACAUGCCAAGUGGCAUCGCCUGUGCCCGGCUGGGGCGGCUGGCUCUGCCCUGGCCAGGGACAUCCCUUGGGAUGCCAGAGAGGGAGGGACACAUGGAGGCGCCCGGAGACACACUGAGAGCAUCUGUGCACUGUCAGUGCUGCUCGCCAGACCCAGGGGGCUGUGCCCUGUGCCUGCUCCCAGUGCCCUGCUCCCCAUGCCCUGCUCCCUGUGCCUGCUCCCCAUGCUCUGCUCCCCACUCCCUACUCCCCAUGCCACCCCCUGCCCUGCUGCCCUGGCUGGGCCGCACAGGAGCCGUGGGGCAGGGGGCAGCAGGGCUUGUGGGGACGACGGUCAGGUCUGUGUCUGCAGAGGGUGGAGGUCUGUGGAAGUUGUGUGGGGUGAGAAAGGCUGUGGCUGUCCGUGCCAUGUCUGUGCCAUUGGCUGGGGCUCUGCAGGUGCAGCCUGGGGCUCUGGCCAGGCUGUUUGGGGCCAGUUUGGGGGGACUGGGCUGGCAUUGGAGGGUGGGUGUGCAGGAGGAGGCAGCUGCUGGUCCCAGUGCAGGGCUGGGACAUAGGGUCAGGAUGGCUGGGGGGCUGCAGGGCCCCCUCUCAGCCUCUUCCCACUCAGCUCCAGCGCAUCAGGCCAGGGAUUUAUCUUCUGUUCUUGUUUUUGCAGAAUUGCACAAAGAGAGGUUUCUUUUUGUUGGUUUUUUUUUUUUAAUUUAAUGACUUGUAAAGUGUUGUCACCCCCCACCCCCCCUUUUUUUUUGUAAGAGAUAUUUUGACUCAGAUUUGACCUCUGUUGGGAAAUGAUUCUUGUAACUGUACAAUUUUUUUGCCUCCUAACAAUAAAUUAACAAUUUUGCGUUG